ACUCAUUGUUUAUCCGAUAGAAACAUUUGGUACUUUUUAUUGUUCAUAAUAAUAAUUUAUAGGAAUUUAUUUUAGCCCGCCGAUAUGUUUCGUAUAUUUUUGUUUAUACUAAGUGCAUAUUUGUGCGCAAUAGCUUUGGGCAAACAGUGCAUUGUUACGAAGUUUAGCCAAGUGCAACAUGCUACCAACAUUUGCACCGAUAUAAUUUUAAGCAAUUUAUUAGUUCCAGCUGGAAAAACCCUUAAUUUAAAUCUUUUAAAUAACACUCAAUUGGUUUUUUUAGGGAAUACAACAUUUGAGUUCACUAACUGGUUAGGGCCGUUAAUUACAAUUAAUGGUACUGGGCUUUUGAUCGCAGGAGCUGAAAAUUCAAGAAUUGAUGGUCAAGGCCAAAUGUAUUGGGAUGGCAAGGGCGGAAGCGGGACAGAUAAACCCCAGUUCUUUACCAUUCAGGCAUUUAAUUCUAUUUUUAAAAAUAUUUAUGUUCUAAAUAGCCCAAAAGAUGUGCUUCAAAUAACGAACUCAGAUAAUGUACUUUUCUCGAACUGGUACAUAGAUGAUUCACUAGGUGAUAAGGGUGUUGCAGCUGAAGGGCAUGAAGGACAUCAUACAGACGGCUUCGACAUAUGGAACUCUACCAAUGUCGUCAUCAUAAAUGGUACAGUCUAUAACCAAGAUGAUUGUUUGGCUAUUAGAUGCGGACAAAAUAUAACAGUUUCAAAUCUAUGGUGUCAUGGAAGCCAUGGAUUAAGUAUUUCAGUUGGUUUUAGCAAAAACGACUCGUCGGUUAAUAUGCUUAGGAAUGUUACUAUUCGAGAUUCUUUUCUUAUUGAUGGAGAAAAUGGUAUUCAUAUUAAAACACAUAAUGAUGGUGGAAAGGGAUUAAUUACUGACAUUACUUAUGAAAAUAUUACUUUUAUAGGUCCCAAUUCGUUUGGAAUUCAGAUUCAGCAAAAUUAUCCAAAAGGUGAAGUAGUUGGUAACGUACCAAUUAAUAACCUGAUGCUUAAAAAUGUGCAUGGAAAUGUCACCGACGAAGCAGUUCCUGUUUUCAUCUUGUGUGCCGACGGGUCGUGCAAUAAAUGGGUUUGGUACGAUGUGCAUGUCAACGGAUCAAGGAGAAGCAUCUGUAAUUACGAGCCGGAAAACUUCAUUUGUUAAAAUACCAAAAAGUAUAUAUAGAAAAUAAAUAUUUCUGUGCGUAAUGGGUAA